CCCGCUGUCCCCACAGUCUGCACCGGCACCGACAUGAAGCUGCUGCGUCCCUCCAGCCCCGAGAGCCACUACGAGACCCUGCGGCACCUCUACCAGGGCUGCCAGGUGGUCCAGGGCAACCUGGAGCUCACCUACCUGUCCGCCGACGCCGACACCUCCUUCCUCAAGGACAUCAAGGAGGUGCAGGGCUACGUGCUGAUCGCGGAGAACCAAGUGAGCGGGCUGGAGCUGCAGAGCCUGCGCAUCAUCCGCGGCACGCAGCUCUUCCAGGAGCGCUACGCCUUGGCCGUGGUGGGCAACGCCGGCCCCGCCGGGGCUCCAGGGCUGCGCCAGCUCGGCAUGAAGCACCUCACAGAGAUCCUGAAGGGAGGAGUGCUCAUCGAGAGGAACCCCGAGCUUUGCUUCCAGGAGACCAUCAUGUGGAGCGACAUCUUCCACCGGCACAACGAGUUCCGUGGCGAGGUCCAGGUGGAGACGGCCCGCACCCGCAGCUGUCCCGACUGCCGGGCAUUCUGUCCUGAGGGGCACUGCUGGGGCGAGAGCAAAUGGUACUGCCAGACAUUGACCAACAGCAUCUGCCACGGUUGCCCACGCUGCAAGGGCACAAAGCCCACGGACUGUUGCCACGAGCAGUGCGCCGCCGGCUGCACCGGCCCCAAGCACUCCGACUGCCUGGCGUGCCUGAACUUCAACCGGAGCGGGAUCUGUGAGCUGCACUGCCCCCCGCUCGUCGUCUACAACUCUGACACCUUCGAGUCGAUGCCCAACCCUGACGGGCGCUACACCUUUGGUGCCAGCUGUGUCAGCCAGUGUCCCUACAACUACCUCGCCACGGAGGUGGGGUCCUGCACCCUGGUGUGCCCCCAGAACAGCCAGGAGGUCACGGUCAACAAUGUCCAGAAGUGUGAGAAGUGCAGCAAACCGUGCCCUGAGGAGUGCUACGGGCUGGGAGUGGAUUUCCUGAAGGGCGUCCGUGCUGUGAACGCCUCUAACAUCCAGCACUUCUCUGGCUGCACCAAGAUUUUUGGGAGCCUGGCCUUCCUGCCUGAGACCUUCGCUGGGGACCCCAGCACCAACACCCCGCCCCUGGACCCCAAACUGCUGCGGAUCUUCGAGAGCCUGGAGGAGCUGACGGGCUUCCUCUACAUCGCUGCCUGGCCGCCGGACAUGAAGGACCUGGGGGUCUUCCAAAACCUGCGGGUGAUCCGGGGCCGAGUGCUGCACAAUGGCGCCUACUCGCUGACACUGCGGGAGCUGGGGGUGCAGGCGCUGGGGCUCCGGGCCCUGCAGGAGAUCAGCAGUGGCAUGGUGCUCGUGCACCACAACCCCCAGCUCUGCUUCCUCCAGAAGGUGCCCUGGCACAGCAUCUUCCGCAACCCCCGCCAGCGCCUCUUCCAGACCCACAACAAACCCCCUGAGCAGUGCGAGAGCGAGGGGCUGGUUUGCUUCCACCUCUGUGCCCAGGGGCACUGCUGGGGCCCCGGCCCCACCCAGUGCGUGGCUUGCGAGCGGUUCCUGCGCGGCCAGGAGUGCGUGGCCUCCUGCAACCUCCUGGAUGGAGCCAUCCGGGAACACGCCAACGGGACGCGGUGCCUGCCGUGCCACCCUGAGUGCCAGCCCCAGAACGGCACCGAGACCUGCUUUGGAUCGGAUGCAGACCAGUGCGUGGCCUGUGCCCAUUACAAGGACGCCCAGCAGUGUGUGCGGCGCUGCCCCAGCGGCGUCAAGGCCGACGCUUCCUUUGUGCCCGUCUGGAAAUACCCCGAUGAAUUCGGCGUGUGCCAGCUCUGCCCCACCAACUGCACCCACUCGUGCACGAUCCGGGAUGAGGACGGAUGCCCCGUGGACCAGAAGCCAAGCCAGGUGACGUCCAUCAUCGCUGGUGUGGUGGGAGCUCUGCUGGUCAUCGUCCUGCUCCUCAUCACCGUCAUCUGCGUCAAGCGCCGGCGGCAGCAGGAGCGCAAGCACACGAUGCGGCGGCUGCUGCAGGAAACCGAGCUGGUGGAGCCACUGACGCCCAGCGGGGCCCUCCCCAACCAAGCCCAGAUAAGAAUCCUCAAGGAGACAGAGCUCAAGAAAGUGAAAGUUUUGGGUUCUGGUGCUUUUGGCACCGUUUAUAAGGGCAUCUGGAUCCCCGAUGGAGAGAGCGUGAAGAUCCCGGUGGCCAUCAAAGUCUUGCGGGAGAACACAUCGCCCAAAGCCAACAAGGAGAUCCUGGAUGAGGCUUAUGUGAUGGCAGGGGUGGGCAGCCCCUACGUGUCCCGGCUGCUGGGCAUCUGCCUGACGUCCACGGUGCAGCUGGUGACGCAGCUGAUGCCCUACGGCUGCCUCCUGGACUACGUGCGGGAGAACAAGGACCACAUCGGCUCCCAGGACCUGCUCAACUGGUGUGUGCAGAUCGCCAAGGGGAUGAGUUACCUGGAGGAGGUGAGACUGGUGCACCGGGACUUGGCUGCUCGCAACGUCCUUGUCAAGAGCCCCAACCACGUCAAGAUCACCGACUUUGGGCUGGCCCGGCUGCUGGACAUAGACGAGACCGAGUACCACGCUGAUGGUGGCAAGGUCCCCAUCAAGUGGAUGGCGCUGGAGUCCAUCCUCCGCCGGCGCUUCACGCACCAGAGCGACGUCUGGAGUUACGGGGUCACUGUGUGGGAGCUGAUGACGUUUGGGGCAAAGCCGUACGACGGGAUCCCUGCCCGGGAGAUCCCAGACCUGCUGGAGAAGGGAGAGCGGCUGGGGGGGGGGGGGGGGGGGGGGGGGGGGGGGCGGCUGCCGCAGCCGCCCAUCUGCACCAUCGACGUCUACAUGAUCAUGGUGAAAUGCUGGAUGAUCGACUCCGAGUGCCGGCCCAAGUUCCGGGAGCUGGUCACCGAGUUCUCCCGCAUGGCUCGUGACCCCCAGCGCUUCGUGGUCAUCCAGAAUGACCUGGUGGGGCUGCCUGGCUCCAUGGACAGCACCUUCUACCGGGCACUGCUGGAUGAGGAGGACAUGGACGACCUGGUGGAUGCUGAGGAGUACCUGGUGCCUCACCACGGCUUCUUCAGCACCGACACCUCCACCACCUACCGCAGCCGCAUCUCCUCCAUGCGGAGCACAGCAGAGUCUCCAGCCAAGGUGGAAGAGGGCGAGGGCUUGGCCUCCUUCCCCUUCCCCGCCCAGGGCCUGGCAGAGGGAGCGGAGGGCCCUGUCCCAGAGGUGCCAGAUGGGGACAAGGUGGCCCUGCAUGGGGAGCCCGGGACUCUGCCCCGGUACAGCGAGGAUCCCACCGGGCUGGUGGCCAAGGACGGGGAGGAUCCUGAUGGUUUCACAGUGCCAGCCCCCCACAGCACCAUGCCAGAGUACGUGAACCAGGCUGAGGAGCCUUCACCCCACACUCCCCCAUCCCCGCUGGACAAGCCCAAGGGGCACCAAGGGAAGAACGGGCUCAUCAAGGACCCCAAGAACUCCUUCUCCUUCGGCCACGCCGUGGAGAACCCCGAGUACCUGGCACCCCACGGCCCCCCUGGGCCCUUCAGCCAGGCCUUUGACAACCCCUACUACUGGAACCAGGACUCCACCAAGGCUGGUGGCCCCGAUGGUGGCCCUGGCACGACGCCCACAGCCGAGAACCCCGAGUACCUGGGCCUGGCCGGCCCCGACGCCACAGCCGUGUAGGAGAGACCCCCCAACUUCACCAAGGCAGCUCAGGGAGGUAUGAGCCACGAGGGAUGGCUGGGGGUCCAUCCCCUCUGCCCAGGGGUGGCACUGGCCACACAGGAUGCUGUGGGACAGAGCAGCAGCAGCAGCAAAGACUGAGGACAGAGAGGGGUCACCACAAGCUGGGUGGUGCCUGGAGCAGCCCAGGGAGCUCAGACCCAGCACAGCCUGGAGAAGGACAGACCCUCUGCCAUCCCCCCAUUCCAGGGCUGUCCCAGUGCCUGGGACACGUGGACUUGCACUGAGGGCAGCUGGACUGAGAGCAGUCCCGGCUGCUCUGGGAUUCUUUGGAAGCACCGGGAUGUAUAUUUGAUAAUUGUACAUUGGUUGUUUUUUCUAC